GAGAUGCAGUUGAUUACAUCGCGGAUUUGAAACAAAUGAUUGCAUGCUUCCAGACUGAACUCAAAGAACUGGAAGAAGCAGAAUACAGUAAAACCAGUCCAAUAAAACAGUCACAUGAAGGUCUGCCUAAUUCUGAGGAAUGCCAGGAAACCGAGGUACAAAUGGAAAUAAUUCGGAUUGGCAAGAGGGAGUUCCUUCUGAAAUUCAUUCACAGUCGAAAGCAAGCUGGAGUCUUGAGAUUGCUGGAGGCUAUACAUUGUCUCGGUUUUCAAGUUGUGGACAUAAAUGUUACAACAUGCGAGGGAAAAGUCAUGAACAUUUUCAAGAUGGAGGUAAACCAAGAGGAUAUCGAACCAAACGAGUUGAAAGAAUCAUUGCUUGCAAUCUGGAGAUCAAAGUCAGAUGUUAUGCAUGAAGAGAAGAGUCUGAGUACAGUGAUUCAUCAGGAAGUUCAAGUAGGGAUAUAGAGAAAUUAAUAUUAAAGUUCGAACCAUUUAUUUCUUAUUAGUGUUGUCGUGUUGAGUAA